CUGUUUUUUAACUACAGACCAUGCUGAGUGAUUAAUUUAAUUUUUCAUUGUUUACUAUUAGAUUUAACCAUGUUUAUAUUCAAAAACUUAACUUAUAGAAAUUGUAAAUUGAGUUAUACAAAGUGCUUACGUUUAUAUACACAAGGUCCUGGUGAAAAAUGGCUGAACCUGCGAAAUAAAAAGUUUCCGAAAGAUUACGCUCUUCAACAUUUUGAUUCGUUCUAUCCAAAUGUCUACGCAGAAAAAUGGCUUUCAAGUAGAAUAGCCAUGCAUUGGCCAAAUAAAUAUGUUGCUGUAGUCAAUCCUUUCGUUAAAGAUCCUGAUGAAAUUGGUGCUUCUUUUCUCAUAAAUGGUGCUACCGAAUUGAGCCACUUUUACAGCAAAUAUAAAAAACACUACGAAAGGCAAAAGCUUCGUAAAAAAAUGCUAGAGGAUAAAAAGGCAGCUAAACUUGACCAAAUAGCCAAAGAAAGAGGAGUUGAUGUAUCUGAAAUCGAAACAGACAUCGAAGUAUCUGAUAUCAGUGACGCAGAACUUGAUGGAAACCUUUCAGCCAUCAGUGAUCCUGAGAAUAUUCUUGAGAUGUUCCAAACCGACAUUGAAUCACUGAAAGAUAAAGAAGGAUUCAUGGAAAAUUUAUCCAGCAAUAUUGAUCUGAACGAUUUUAUACCUUCAACUGAAAUGAGAUAUGAAGAAAAUGUCACCGAUAAAGAUACUUAUUAUCGUUUUUAUGACACUAGUCGUGAAGUUAAUGUAGAAAGAGUUGAAGCUCCGGAAUUGGAAUUUCCAGAAACGCCUAAAAUCUUCAGCUUUCCAAGACAAUCAUUAGAAAGUUUCCCGAGUCCAGAUGAAACAGAUUAUCAAGGAAUGAUGGAAUACUUCCUCAUUGAUGCUGCAGCUGUAUUACCCGUGUUAGCAUUAGAUAUUCAGGUUAAUGAUCGUGUCGCUGAUUUGUGUGCUGCUCCUGGAGGUAAAACUUUGCUGAUGCUGUCAACUCUUCGCCCAUCAUUUUUAUUCGCCUGUGACCCAUCAAAUGAAUUUUUCCCUUUAUUAGAACAAAAAGUUAAAGAAUUUUUUCCCAAAUCAGAUGCUUUAGCAUCCACUUAUCAUUUGGAGCAUUGCGCUGCUGAGGAUAUUGAUUUAGAGAGUGUUUUUGAUAAAGUUUUGGUUGAUGUUCCCUCUACAAAUGACAGACUAGCUAUACAAGACAAUCAUGAUAAUCUUUUCAAAUCAUCUAACCUUUCAGACAGAAUUGAAUUACCGAACAAACAAAAAUCAAUUUUACUCAGAGGAUUGCAAUUAUUGAAACCCGGAGGUUCAUUGGUUUAUACAACAAAUACUUUAUCACCGAUUCAGAAUGAUGGUGUAAUUCACAUGUCAUUGCAUGAAAUGUCGGAAACAUCAGACAUGGUAUUCAAUAUUAUGGAAUUGAAAGAAGCACUCAGACCCUUGCGAGGUCUUUAUCGUUUUCAUACAUUCAAUUAUGGAAUUCAAGUUUUACCGUCUAUAAUCAACAACUGUGGACCUAUUUAUAUUUGUAAAAUAAAAAGAGUUAAAUAAUUAAAGUCUUUAUUAUAAUUGUUU